GGGUGGGCCAGGCGCGGAGCGGCGGCAGACAGCAGCCGGCAGCCAGAGCUCAGCGGCAGCCACUUCGGGCCUUCCAGCCAGCCCCGCGGCGGGGCAGCCGCAGGAGCCCUGGCUGUGGCCAGGGGGCAGUGGGCCAUGCCGGGGGCAGUGGACGGCCCCAGCUGGAAGCAGGUGGAGGACAUUAGGGACAUUUACGACUUCCGUGAUGUUCUGGGAACGGGGGCCUUCUCAGAGGUAAUCCUGGCAGAAGAUAAAAGAACUCACAAGCUGGUGGCCAUCAAAUGCAUCGCCAAGAAGGCUCUGGAGGGCAAGGAGGGCAGCAUGGAGAACGAGAUCGCUGUCCUGCACAAGAUCAAGCACCCCAACAUUGUAGCCCUGGAUGACAUCUAUGAGAGUGGGGGCCACCUCUACCUCAUCAUGCAGCUGGUGUCCGGUGGAGAACUGUUUGACCGCAUUGUGGAGAAAGGCUUCUACACAGAGCGGGAUGCCAGCCGCCUCAUCUUCCAGGUGCUGGACGCCGUCAAGUACCUGCACAACCUGGGCAUCGUACACCGAGAUCUCAAGCCAGAGAAUCUGCUGUACUACAGCCUGGAUGAAGACUCCAAGAUCAUGAUUUCUGACUUUGGCCUCUCCAAGAUGGAGGACCCUGGCAGUGUGCUCUCCACAGCUUGCGGGACCCCAGGAUAUGUGGCUCCUGAGGUCCUGGCCCAGAAGCCCUACAGCAAGGCAGUGGAUUGCUGGUCCAUUGGGGUCAUUGCCUACAUUCUGCUCUGCGGUUAUCCCCCCUUCUAUGACGAGAAUGAUGCCAAACUCUUUGAACAGAUUUUGAAGGCCGAGUACGAAUUUGACUCUCCUUACUGGGACGACAUCUCUGACUCUGCCAAAGACUUCAUCCGGCACUUGAUGGAGAAGGAUCCAGAAAAGAGGUUCACCUGUGAGCAGGCCAUGCAGCACCCAUGGAUUGCAGGAGAUACGGCUCUAGAUAAGAAUAUUCACCAGUCGGUGAGCGAACAGAUCAAGAAGAACUUUGCCAAGAGCAAGUGGAAGCAAGCCUUCAAUGCCACGGCUGUGGUGCGGCAUAUGAGAAAGCUACAGCUGGGCACCAGCCAGGAGGGGCAGGGACCAACGGCGAGCCAUGGGGAGCUGCUGACACCAGCAGCUGGGGGUGAGGACCAGUGCUCUGUGGAAGGGCAUGGGUGGGAAGAGACAUACAGGCUGGAGUGGAGGGUCUGCUCCUACGACCAAUCUUGUUCUCUCUCCCCAUGUAGGGCCAGCGUCUGGCUGCUGCUGUCGAGAUGGCUGUGUGGAGCCGGGCUCAGAAAUGUCCCCUACUCUGCCCCCCCAGCUCUAGGGCCCCAGAUCCAGGGUCCAGAUCCUUUGUGUGGGAGGGGUUGGGGCAGCCUGCUCCCCUUCCCUCCCUGAAUUGGAGUUACCCAGCCUCACUGCCUUCCCACCCCUUUCCCUAUCACUCCUCCACUGCAUUUUCCAUACAAAUGUUUCUAUUUUAUUGUUCUUUCUUGUAAUAAAGGGAAGAGAUAAAAACAUAGUA